ACGCCAAAUAAUCAUGCGGCCGCGACGCCCACCUCGCUCUCUUCGGAUACCAAUGUUUUGAAUCGUUUCCUUGAUGCGAACAGUGAGCGAAAAAUAAGUAGACCUGAAAAUCUGAAAGUCGCAAUGACUCAUUCGUGCAGCAGCGAUGAUGAAGUGAACAAUAUGGUUGCAACAUAUGAGGAAGAUGUUUCUUCGGACGAGGAACUGGUGAGUAGCGAAUUGGCGCUGCAGCAAAGUUCGAAUACAACGCCGAAAAGCAUGAGAAAGCAAUCGUCUGAUGCUUUUAAAUCACAACCUGAAACACCCAUGGGCAAAAUCAUUUCCGCUUGCUUGUGCACUUGUGUUGUUUACUCUGAUUUGAGUCAGCUUGGAAAUCCGGAAACGAGGAAGCUGAAUUUUGGGAAUCCCAUUUUUUCGACCGCAAAAUCAUUUCCGCAUGCUUGUGCACUUGUGUUGUUCACUCUGAUUUGA